AUGGAGGGCGCAGGGUCCCGGGGGGCCGGGCCGGCGCGGUGCCAGGGAGCCCGAGGGCCGCCGCCGCUGCUGCUGCUGCUCUGGUUGCUGCCCGGUCUCGCGGCGCCCCAGGAGUUGAACCCGCGAGGCCGCAACGUGUGCCGCGCGCCCGGUUCCCAGGUGCUCACGUGCUGCGCUGGCUGGAGACAGCUGGGGGAUGAGUGUGGGAUCGCUGUGUGUGAAGGCAAUUCCACGUGCUCAGAAAACGAGGUGUGCGUGCGCCCAGGCGAGUGCCGCUGCCGACAUGGCUACUUCGGCGCCAACUGCGACACUAAGUGCCCGCGCCAGUUCUGGGGCCCCGACUGCAAGGAGAGGUGCAGUUGCCACCCUCACGGACAGUGCGAGGACGUGACCGGACAGUGUACGUGUCACGCUCGCCGCUGGGGUGCCCGCUGCGAGCAUGCGUGCCAGUGCCAGCAUGGCACGUGCCACCCGCGGAGCGGCGCGUGCCGCUGCGAGCCGGGCUGGUGGGGUGCGCAGUGCGCUAGCGCGUGCUACUGCAGCGCUACGUCGCGCUGCGAUCCACAGACUGGCGCCUGCCUGUGCCACGCAGGCUGGUGGGGCCGCAGCUGCAACAACCAGUGCGCCUGCAACUCGUCGCCCUGCGAGCAGCAGAGCGGCCGCUGCCAGUGUCGCGAACGCACGUUCGGUGCGCGCUGCGAUCGCUAUUGCCAGUGCUUCCGCGGUCGCUGCCAUCCGGUGGACGGCACGUGCGCCUGCGAUCCGGGCUACCGCGGCAAGUAUUGUCGCGAGCCAUGCCCCGCUGGCUUCUACGGCCUGGGCUGUCGCCGUCGGUGUGGCCAAUGCAAAGGCCAGCAGCCGUGCACGGUAGCCGAAGGCCGCUGUCUGACGUGCGAACCUGGCUGGAACGGAACCAAAUGUGACCAACCCUGUGCCACUGGUUUCUACGGGGAGGGUUGUGGCCACCGCUGCCCACCCUGCCGCGACGGGCACGCCUGCAACCAUGUCACCGGCAAGUGUACGCGCUGCAAUGCGGGCUGGAUCGGCGACCGGUGCGAGACCAAGUGCAGUAAUGGGACUUAUGGUGAGGACUGUGCCUUCGUGUGCUCUGACUGCGGCAGCGGCCACUGUGACUUCCAGUCCGGGCGCUGCCUUUGCAGCCCUGGUGUUCACGGACCUCACUGUAAUAUAACGUGCCCGGCUGGGCUCCACGGCGUGGACUGCGCCCAGGCCUGCAGUUGUCACGAGGAAUCAUGCGACCCGGUUACCGGUGCCUGCCACCUGGAGACCAAUCAGCGCAAAGGUGUGAUGGGCGCGGGCGCGCUGCUCACGCUACUCCUCGGUCUGCUGCUCUCGCUGCUCGGCUGCUGUUGCGCCUGCCGGGGCAAGGACUCGGCCCGCCGGGAACUCACGCUUGGAAGGAAGAAGGCACCUCAACGCAUUUGCGGGAGCUUCAGCCGCAUCAGCAUGAAGCUGCCCCGAAUCCCGCUUCGCAGGCAGAAGCUGCCCAAAGUCGUAGUGGCCCAUCACGACCUAGACAACACGCUCAACUGCAGUUUCCUGGAACCGCCCUCGGGGCUGGAGCAGCCCUCUCCAUCGUGGUCCUCCAGGGCUUCCUUCUCAUCCUUUGAUACGACAGAUGAAGGCCCCGUGUACUGUGUGCCCCACGAGGAGGCGGCUGCCGAGAGCCGAGACCCGGAAGCUCCUGCUGUCCUCGCAGAGGUGCCCGCUGCGUCCCCAGCGCCCACGGGCACCCGGGCGCCCGCGGAGGAGGCAGCGGCCCUCCCUGCGUCCUCUGACAGCGAGCGCUCGGCGUCAAGCGUGGAGGGGCCCGGCGGGGCGCUGUACGCGCGCGUGGCCCGGCGCGCUCGGGCCCGGGGUGAGGCUGGGGGCUUGUCACUGUCUCCGUCGCCCGAGCGCAGGAAACCGCCGCCGCCAGACCCUGCUACGAAGCCUAAGGUAUCCUGGAUCCAUGGCAAGCACGGCGCAGCGGCCGCUGCACCGUCACCGCCGCCCGCGGGCCGCAAGGCUGCGCCGAGCCCUAGCGGGAGGAAACGGACCCCCAGCAACACAUCGGUGCAGACCCCCGGCAUGACCGAGGAGGCCCCCGCCCCGGCCGCACCCACGCCGCCCCGGGCCCGAGCGCGCGGCCGCGGCCCGGGUCUCUCGGAGCCCAUGGACGCGGGUGGUCCCCCGCGCAGCGCGCCGGAGGCCGCUUCUAUGCUGGCAGCUGAGCUGCGCGACAAGACUCGCAGCCUGGGCCGCACCGACGGGCCGCAGGGGCCGCGCGAGAAGCCGCCGCCGCCGCAAAAGGCCAAGCGCUCCGUGCUCCCGGCCUCGACGGCCCGCGCAUCCGAGGCAUCCGAGGCCACGGCGCUCGAGAAGGCGGCGGCCAGCGCGCCUGCGCCCGACACCCCUCGGAAGAAGACCCCCAUCCAGAAACCUCCUCGUAAGAAGAGCAGGGAGGCGGCGGGGGAGCCGAGCAGGUCGGGCGCGGCGCCCGCAGCUUCCUAGGCUCGCGGCCCCGGGAGCCACCGCGUUGCUCGCCGUCGUUUCCCCGCGCGGCCGCAGCGAAGGCAUUUCAUUGGCCCCUGCCCCAGCCGCGGCUUGGUCGGAUCUCAGGCCUGACAUGACACUUUAGCUGCCUACUUGCUCCCAUUAGCAGUGAUGUGGAGCUUUUCUAGUAAUCUGCGUCUCAGGCCAUGGCUUAGAGAACCUAUAGACUUUUUACUGGCCAAAAGCGUGCUUGGCUGGGCUAUCUCGUCAUUGGCUGACGCCAGCAGCGCUUCUGCCUCUUGGCUGCCUCUCAUUUGCCAAGGCCUGGUGCCUAUGGCUGUAUGGUUUUCUUCUUGAAGAUAGUCAGAGGUUGCUUCCAUUGACUGGGCGCCUGGGUAUCUGGUUGACCUGAGCCUGAGGAGGAGAGCUGGUCUCUGCUCCUCAGGGGUCUCAGCCCAUCUUGGCUUGUCCCUUCCCACUGACACCAG